AUGGAGUACGCUCUUGACAAGGCGUUAAAGGAGAUAUCGAUUGAUGAUGAUGAUGAUGACAAACCAAAGGAUCACGCAGUCUUUACACAUAUAUCUGAUCUUCCAAGUGAUAUAGAGGAGGAGGUGCUCUCUAGGGUUCCGAUGGAGUCGACAUAUCUCAAGUCAUUCACUGCGACGGUUUAUUCUUAUGCAUCUCUAAAGGCAGAGACGACGACUCACCUGGGCGGCUUGUUGUUUGGAACCCUUAUUUGGGACAAACAAGGUGGAUCGAACCAAGCAAUUCUUACCACAAAUAUGAGGUGUACCGUGUACGCUCUUGGAUACGACAAGGAGAAGAAGCAUAAAGUUUUGAGAUUUGUGACUCGGUACGACCAGAGUGGCAACCGAAUUUGUGAGAGUGAGAUGUACAAAUUAAACUCUAAUGCAUCGUGGAAGGUCAUCGAUGGUUUCGCUCCGGACUGGCGUAUUCCGUCUUCUCAUCGUGGCUUGUCUCUAAAGGGCAACACUUACUGGUAUGCCCAAGAGAAGUUCCCAUUUUAUGAAAAAAUAUCACCAAAUCACCCUGAUUUCCUACUCUCCUUUGAUUUCACAACGGAGAGAUUUGGACCGCGUUUGCCUCUACCUUUUCAUGCUCGCCUUAUAGAUAUUGUGACUUUUUCUAGUGUCAGAGUUGAGCAGCUUGUGGUGUUAUUUCAGGAACAUCGUGCACCCCUCGUCAAGAUAUGGAUUAGUAAUAAGAUUGAGCCCAAUCAAGUGUCGUGGAAUUUUUUGUUCUUAGCUGUUGAUGUGGAACCAAUCAUUCGUUUUCGGUUUCGUUUUUCUUUUACUAAAUGUCCUGUGAGUUUCUUUGUUGACGAGGAGAAAAAGGUUGCAGUGAUUCUUGAUAGAAAAACAGGUCGAUCUUCCACCAGCCACACUGCUCACAUCACUGGAAAUAAUUUCUACGAAAAAGUUGUUCUUGGCGAAUCUACGGCCUAUGGGUGUGACCCAUCUAUGGUCCCUUAUGUUCCAAGCUUAGUGAAAAUUUGUAAAGCACCCUAA